AUGGGAACACCUGAGCUAGACUCAAGGCUCAGUGGACUGCAAAGCUACUUAUCUGGUGCUAAAGGAUCCGAGCAGGAGUCUAGCGAUAUCUAUAAGGAAGCACACUGGUUAGCGACUACAUUACAGGGCUACCCAUCGAUCAGUCAACAGUUUUGGACUUUAUUUGUUCAUGAAAUGCUCGACUCUCUCCCAACAAAUAGUACACUGGACCAGGUAAGAUUUGGAUUUUAUCAUAUCCCACGGGCUGCCAAGCGCCAAGUUUUCCUCCUAGUGCGUGAGCAUAAGGGUUAA